GCAGACUGUGAGCAAAUUAGAAGAGCUGAGAACUGUGUUACCCAUAAUGCACUGGGAGUUCCCUAAUCCUCACCUGUUGCAUCCUGGUAGAGUUUAAAUGCCCAGGUCCCAGCGCAGGGUCCAGUAGAGGCAGUUGCAGAUCUCAGCAGGGGGAGCUCUUACCAAUAUGGCCCUGGUGAAGAGCGGCUGGUUAUGGAGGCAAAGCUGUGUAUUGAGGCGCUGGAAGAAGCACUGGUUUGACUUAUGGUUGGACGGGAAUCUUCUCUAUUACCCUGACGAAAACCGCCGGACCGUAGAAAAUCGAAUCCCCAUGAAGUUCAACUGUGUGAAUGUGAGAGCCGGUCAGGAGUGUGGGGACAUUCUGCCUCCGGACGGGAACACCCAGGAAUCCCUGGUGACGGUAGAAUUAAGAGAUCGCUCCAAGUUGCUGCUGUGCGCUGAGAGUGAGGAUGAUGCUGUUGCAUGGAAGAUGGCGUUAAUGGACACACAGUUCUAUCCGGUGAAUGUAUAUGACCCAUAUGAUGAUCAUUACCAGGCGAUUCCAUUCAAUGGCCACCAUGCGGCCUACAUCAAUCAGGGCUACUGUGGGCACGGCUAUGCUAUUACAGACUGCAGCUGGGACCAUAGGCGGCCCAUUAUUAGUCCGCAGCCCACCACUGGUCAGCAGCCUGGUUGUUGGGGACCCCUGUAUUAACCCAUUAAUCUUUGAGAUUUGAUGAAGGAUACUGUCUUCUCUGCUCUUAUCCUGUGAGCUUUCCAUUCCAGGCAAGGCGGCUGCAACACGUCGGAAGAGCUGCAAGAGAGACGCAGAUCAAAGCUGAAUAAUUACAGACAUUUUACUUAAUUGAAACGAUGAAGAACAACUGGCAGGCAUGCAUGGAAAAGGGCUGCUGUAUGAGCUCCAAUGUACGGCUGACUGAUUAUAAUUAAAGGGGUUGUUCAACUUUAAA